CGACCCUCACGUGACCAAGAGUCGACGUGUGCAGAAGUCCUUACAGUCCAGGGCCUGUUCCCCUGUAGCAGCUCCCUAUUGCUGGAGGAGAAAAGUGUCCGGGAUCCUUUCGGGACUCUUGGUUUUUUGGGCGCGACACAAAUCAAGGUGAAGGAAAAGGGAGGAAAUCCUUUGGAUCCCUGCAGGACUAAUUUAUUCAAAAAGAAAAUAAUACAAAAUACUCAACAUGCAAAAGUCUUGUGAAGAAAAUGAAGGAAAACCACAGAAUGUGCCAAAGGUCGAGGAAGACCACCCUUCGGAAGAUGUACCACAGGAAGCAGAAGGAAUUCUUCAACCUUCCCAAGAAGGUGUAAACCAGGAAGCAGAAGUCAGAGGAGGGCCAACUCAGCCUGACCAGGGAUUUAAAGAGGACACCACUCCCAUUAGGCAUUUGGACCCUGAAGAAAUGAUAAGAGGAGUAGAUGAGUUGGAAAGGCUUAGGGAAGAGAUAAGAAGAGUAAGAAACAAGUUUGUGAUGAUGCAUUGGAAGCAAAGACAUUCACGCAGCCGUCCUUAUCCUGUGUGCUUUAGGCCUUGAAUUCAUUUUUGCCUGAUAUUAAAAUCUGGCCCCGGCUUUCUGUCUGUUAACGUUUUCUGAUGUAUCUUUGACCUUUAUUUUACUUUUAAUCAUCUGGUGGAAUUUUGUUUUAGAUAGUUUCCUUGUUACCAGCAUCUCAUUGGAUUUUGAAUUUUGUCCCAUUUUCAAGGUCUAUUUUUGAAUUAGGAAGUUUCACACAUUUGCAUGGAAAUAUGUUCAUUUCAUAUUGUUACAACGCAGCAUAUCUAGUAUCAGCUCACAUAUGUAAGAUAAAAUUCCAAAUUGUGUGUGCGUGUGUAUACAUACAUAUAUCAUAUAUCAAAAAUUUAACCAUGCUUGUUUCUGUGUAGUGUGAAGUUUAUUUGAUCUUGAUUUUUGUUUUUGUUUUUGCUUAUGUGUAUUUUUUAAUGAAUACGUGUCUCACAAAAAGAAUUUAGGAUUUUUUUUAUAAGUAAGAGUCAAUCAAAUAAUUUGCAACUGGCUUAUAAGGACAAUGGGGGCACCUAAACUCUUGAUGAAAGAACUAUAAAAAGGAAAUGUAAACCUCAAAUUGCCUCUGGAUCGUUUAGCCAGAGGAAUAAAACUGGCGAUUGUUACAGAUA